GCUGUUAUACUAAAUAUGUUUAUAUUUUCCCAUCAUUUUGAAGUGCAUAAGUUAUCUUUUGCAUAAUCGUCUUUUUAUUUGUUUGCUUGCUUUUGUAAGAGACAGCACUGGCAGCGGUUUUUUGUUUUUGGCGACCCCUUCAGGCGGCGUGUAGAAGUGCAACAGCACUGCGGAGGACAAACGCAGGCGCAGCUUCAAAAACCCGCAGCAGCAACAGGCUCGAGCAGUGUGGAGUGAGGGAGGCGCUCAUAUCAUACCACAUCACUCCAGCGCUGGAACCGCUCUCUGGAACCGUUUUUACUCCAAACAGGGGCGAUGAACAAGGCAGGAGUUGUCUUGCACGGUUUAUAAAGGGUUUAUUUUUAUUUUUAUUUGCACAUUGCUGCUCUUCAGGAGUUUCUCAGUGCACGAGCCUCUUGCUGUAACAGGCUUCCCCAAACUUUGGAGGGGAGCAAAAGAGAGAGCAGUGGCCAAAGAGAAAAAAGAGCUGUGUUGAGGAAGUGAGGGAGAGGGUGAUAAAGAGAAAGCGUUACUGGAAGAGAGAUGGAGUCGCUAUCAACCGAGUCAGCUACUGUGGAUGAGCUGGUGGAAGCGUGCAUCAAUGCUUUUGAUGACACGGGGAAAUUGAAGGACUUGUCGUUGGUGCGAAUGUUUUUGAUGAUGCACCCCUGGUACCUUCCAUCCACAGAGCUGGCCAAGAAACUCCUGCACAAGUCUCAGGAGGAAAGCUGCACCGCCGAACUCAGGAGCCGAAUCUGCCACCUAGUCAAGUUCUGGAUCUCAGAGUUUCCUGUCGAGUUUAAUCUUAAUCCGGCUUUGGCUGAACAGAUUCGAGAUCUGAGGGAUCAGCUCAACACGGAGGGCAAUGAGCAGGAGAGUCAGCUCAUCGAUGUUGAGAGUGUCCCCUCAUAUAAGUGGAAGCGCCAGGUGACCCAGCGUGUGCCAUCCAUGUCAAAAAAGAGGAAAAUGUCCCUCCUGUUCGAACACUUGGAUGCCUUUGAACUGGCAGAACAUCUUACCUACCUGGAAUAUAAGUCCUUUUGCAAGAUUCUGUUCCAGGACUAUCACAGCUUCGUAAGACACGGCUGCACGGUGGAUAACCCCAUCCUGGAGCGCUUCAUCAUGCUAUUCAACAGUGUCUCCCAGUGGAUCCAGCUUAUGGUGCUCAGCAAGCCCAUAGCCCAGCAACGCGCUGCUGUCAUAACACACUUUGUACAAGUCGCACAGAAACUGUUGCAGCUGCAGAACUUCAACACCCUCAUGGCGGUGGUCGGAGGCCUCAGUAACAGCUCCAUCUCCAGGCUUAAAGACACACAGAACCACAUCAGUAAUGAUACCAACAAGAUCUUUAACAAUCUGCUGGAUCUGGUGACAUCAUGUGGGAACUAUAGUCAGUACCGGCGGCGCUUCUCGGAUUGUUCAGGUUUCCGCUUCCCAAUCCUGGGCGUUCAUCUGAAGGAUCUGAUCGCUGUACAUGUGGCUCUGCCAGAUUGGACUGAUCAUGAGAAAACACGUGUUAAUCUGACCAAAACCCAACAGCUCUACUACAUACUGCAUGAGCUGGCACUGGUCCAGACAAUGCCACCUAACAUAGACGCCAACACCGACCUGCUUAACCUUCUCACGGUAUCACUGGACCAGUAUCAUACAGAAGAUGAGAUAUACCAGCUCUCAUUGCAAAGGGAACCUCGGAGUUCUAAACCUGCUAAUUCAAACCCCACCUCCAACCUAGCAACUAAGCGACUAUCGAUGGUUGAUGAGUGGGCAGCGUCAGUGAAGCCUAAAGCAGAUCCUGCUGUCAUCACCAAACACAUUGAAAAGAUGGUUGAGUCUGUCUUCAAAAAUUUCGACACAGAUGGAGACGGCUAUAUUUCCCGUGAGGAGUUUGAGAGCAUCCGGAAUAAUUUCCCAUAUCUCAGCAAGUUUGGAGAGCUGGAUACAAACCAAGAUGGUAAGAUCAGCAGGGAGGAGAUGAUCGACUAUUUUAUGAAGGCCAGUUCACUGCUGAACUGUAAGAUGGGCUUCAUUCACACGUUCACAGAGACCACUUAUGUUAAACCCACCUUCUGUGAGCACUGCGCCGGAUUUAUAUGGGGUUUUUAUAAACAAGGCUACAAGUGCAAAGUGUGUGGUGUGAACUGUCAUAAGGCGUGUCGCUCGCGGUUGGCGGUGGAAUGUCGCAAGCGAGCAAAGAGCAUCAGUCACGAAACUCCGCCUACCCUUCAGGCUCGCUCGUACAGCUUUCCACCUCCAUCAAACUCUCACACAAAUCUCCAGAAUACAGUGAUUGCAGAGGAGGACACAGAGGCACUGAGCGAAGCGGUGUUUGAAGCCAAUCUAUAAUUCAGUUCCCACUUUCCAUCCAACUCUCCACUAUCUAUCACAUGCUCCAAAGGUUCAGCAUGUGAAAUUUCUUCAUUGUUGAUCAUGGCUUCCAGGUAACCUAGCAGAAGAAAGAUGAACACUGGAAAGUCAUCCAGCCUUCCUCUGACCGCAGCUCAACUCCUCUAAACAGAAAAAAAAGGCUGAAGUAGAUGAGUAUAAAAGACUCUCCUACAAUCACCUCCACCUCUACCGGUCUGUUAGUAGCCCGAAACGGACGUCAGUCAUCAUGCGAUUUUACUCCUCAUCAUGCUACUCGAUUUUAAACAUCAUCUCCGAUCAUGACCAGGCACACACGCAACACCAAGACCGAGACGUCAGCAUGCUUCCAUCUUGUGGAUAAGAGCUGCAAGUGCAAAGCAGAUUGAGCACUUGUUCCUCUCCGAAUUUUUUUUUUUUUUAACAUCAUCUUGAAUGUCAUAUUUUAUAUAUAUAUAUAAAAAUAUCUGUUUGUCAAUAGCGUUAGUGUUUUUAUAUCUCCAGUUUAAAAGUAAUCUUUUAGUGAUUCGUGAGACUGAAAAGAGAGAAAAAUAGUUAAGAUUAAAAAAAAAAUAAAAAAUACAUAUGUUACGCUUUCUAUGAAGGUUAUAUGACACAUUCAUGUCAUGCUAUAAUGCAUUCAUAAGGCACUAUAGACAUCAUAAUAAAAACAAUUUAUGAACACGUUAUACUUUAUUAGUUUUCAUAUUAUAACAAACACUAAUACAAAAAUCCAAGCCCAUGUUUGUACGGUGCAUCACAAGAAUGACAUUUUUGGAAACAUGGCUAUAAUUAAACAUAAUUGACUGUGGUGCUGACGUUUGUUAUUAUUGGUGACUUAUUGUGUAUAAGCAUAAGCUUAGAAUGCAUUCGUACUCCAUUAAAGCAAUAUAUAGAGUAUAAGCCCUUAUAAAUGCAUUAUGACAUGACUGUUUCAGCGAUUGUGGAAAGUGUUACCUGACUAUACAAAGAGUAAAUUCGAUAACACCUUUUAUGAAGCCCGUAUUCUUAUGAGUACUUAGAAUACUGUAUAAGUAUUAAAGUGUAAUAAUACUGUAUAAGUAUACUGUAGAAUACUGAAUACUAGAAUACUGUAUAAGUAAUAAAGUGUAAUAAUGCCACAAACGGCUUUACUAACAUGCCGUGACUAUUUACUUGAUAAUCAUGUUAAUGACAGUGUCAUUAUUUGUUAUAAUACCCUGUGGAAAUGUAUUUUAUUAAUUGUUAAAAAAAAUGUAAAAAAAGAUUACAUUUGGAAGAAAAAACAACUUAAGCACUAUUCGGACGGGACUAGUUUUACAUGAGGACGUGGAGUAAUGCAAUUUUACCUCAGGACGUCUGUAAUAUUACUUGGCCAAUUCGCACGGGACAAGACAUCUCAGUAAAACUAGCAGAAGUGGGAGGGGUAACUCGCUUUAUGCACAAUAGUAACCUCCUUGUCGUCAUGUGCGUAUGACGUUGCUUCCUGUUUCAAGCGCCUUCAUGCUUGCAAAACGUUCCCAAAAACUACUUUUUAAAAGGAAAUGACGGAGUUUUUCGGAAGUAUUACUUGAGGUAAUUUUUCCAGGCCUUUUUACAGAAGGUAAAAGUCGCCGUAAUCUUUACUGACAUUGUCCGUAAUGAUGACCGAGAUGGCACAUUCGGACGGGACUAAAAUCACAGAGAAGCUCUGGUAAUAAUUACUUUACCCCCACGUCCCCACGUAAAACUAGUCCCGUCCGAAUAGUUCUUUAGAGUAAUUUUAUUGGCAAUUUAUCGAAAUAUAAAAUUUAUAGUCAAAUUUGUAUUUGUUUUCAGAUUUCAUUCCCUGUUACCUUUCUAAUCCUUGGUUUUUGAAAAAGUUUAUUGAUUAUUUAAAAAUAAAACAAACACAAUUCGUUAUUGUUUGUGUUGAUAUUCUAGCAUUACAUAAUAAUUUAUCAAGCAGUUACUUAUUAGAGCUUUAUAACAUGCUUAUAAGCAUCCAAUCUAUAAAGAACGAUAAUCCCAUUUCUAAUGAUUUAUGAUCAAGGCUUCAUAGGAGAUGUUACUGAAAUAAUGCGUUCCUUUACUCUAGGUGCUGAGAUUAUCAAUGUUACGCCAGCUUGUGUUGUCGUUGUGAGUCGUUCGACUUUGACUGCAAUAUAUUUCAUGCUAAAACAAUAUGAAUAAUUGUACAGUUUAAAGCAUGUGAAAAAAAAACUCUGUCCUUUUUUCCCCUCUCUCUUUUUUCUUUCUUUUUUUUUUUUGAAUGACCUUUCAUAUGGAUAUUUUUUACAUUUAUCUUGAGAUCAAUGUUUAUCUUAAAUGUGUUUGUAAGUCAUGAGAUAAAGAACACCUUCAUUCUCAGAACACUUCCAUUAACUGAACCAUGAAUGUAGACAAUCCAGUUGAUUUUGUUGGGUGAUUAAAAAAAAUGCUUCUUUAAAUUAGGGUAUGAUUUUUAUUUUAUUUUUUUAUUUUUAUUUGACCUCGCUGUUGUAUUGUGGUUGAACUGCCAAUAUGCUAAAUAUGUUUACCUGUUUUGUGUUUUAACAUUUUUUAGCAUGCACUAUGAACAUUUUAUACUACUCUAUGCGUGUAUAUAUAAAGAGAGACUGAGAGCUAAAGAGAAAGAGAGAGAGAGAGAGAGAGAGAGAGAGAGAGAGAGAGAGAGAGUGUACUUAACUUGCUUUCUAAUAUUCGGAUGUUUCUCGGUGCUGUGUGUUAUCAUGGUAAUUUAUGAUCCUAUUAUUGUACAAGUCUAGUCAGAUGUUUUACAGUCUCUCAAUAGGCAAGACUUCCAUAUAAGAAAUGAAGUAUAAGGUUAUUAAUGUCUGCCUGCUGCCUGUCACUUCUUUCUCUCUCUUCCAUUGUUCACUCUAUUUGUGCACACUUGACUCGACACAGGUAAAAUAAAACCUGCAUGUCCACCUACA